AACACCGGUACCAAGUGCGCAGUCUCAACGGAACAAUCGCUGCUAACUUUCAACAGGAGGCAGACCGUCGCUAACUUGCCCUUCUAAAAGAAUUCAUUCCGUUAAAAAUCCUGACCUGACCCGAGAAGGUGUCGUCAACAGGCUUUUCUGCAAACAAGCACGGACACACGCAGUUUAGCAUUAAACACCAACAACACAACGCCGGAAUGUUUAACCCACACCACCACCAUCAGCAGCAGCAGCAGCAGCAACAACAACAGCAACAGUUUCACCGUCACCUGCGGCAGCUUCAGCAACUGUUCCAGCAGCCCCCUCCACCGCCGCCGCCUGCGCCACCACAACCGCCUCCAUCGCACCAUGCACCCAGGCAUCAUCAUCAUCAUCACCACCAAGGAGGACGGGCCAUGGCUGUACAAGGCCCUGCUCCUCCACCUCCCCGUGUGGUCAACAUGGCCACUCGGGCCUCCAUCAUGGCCCCCAACCCAAUGUUACAAGGGGCUAUAAUGAUGCAGCAGAUGCAAGGUAGCAUGCAGGGCUUUGCAGCGGUGAGUGGGCAGCAGUUCACCCAGUUCUUUGCUGCAGGGGCCCGGUCCUCUCUCAUGGGCCCUGUACCCAUGGGCAUGUCCAUCAAGAACCCCCACAUGGGCUUCCCUGCCCGACACUACCACCCCCACUCCCGCUACUACAACAACAACGACUAUGGGUCACGGCAGCCGGAUCGGAAGAGGGAAAAUGAGCAGAGAGCCUUGGGGAGCACAUUUAGCCGACCUGCAGCCAGCAGGACAGCAGGGGAAACCAAUAAUAAGGCUCUGAAAGAUGGACGAGUGGGAGGGCCAGAUGGACAGGCACAGCCUUCAGUGCAACCGGAGCCUGAGGAGCCGGCAUUGAAGAAGCAGAGGACAGAGGUGUUAGAGGAGACUGUGGAGCAGCCUCCUGAGACAGGUGGGGUCCUGAGUGCAGCAGAGUAUCAAAGCCCACCGGUUGACUGCCAGCCUGGAGACUGUGUCAUUCUGGAGGAGGGUGGGAGCAUAGCUGAACCAGUGACUGCAGAGGCAGUGGAGGAGAGCAGAGCAGCCGAGGUUCAGAGUGGAGUGUCGGCCAUGCCAGCCUCUGAGCAGCUGAGUGGUGAGAGCCAGGCAUUCACUCCAAGCCUGGAGGACAUGGCAGAGGGCAAGACUGCCCCAGGGGCAUUGGAAAGGGGGCAGGAAGAGGGCAAGGAGGGGGGUGAUGCUGCCAACAAGUUCUAUUGCUACAUCUGCACUCUGGCCUGUCACAACCAGCAGGACUUCCAGAGCCACAUGAACGGCCUGGUCCACCAGCAGAGGAUGAUGGAGAUCCAACACAUGUCCAGCGCCUGUCUGGUCACCCUGAUGCCCCGCGUCCAGGAUUCGCUGCAGGGAGGCUGCGGAGACAGCUCCUCCAAGGACGGGUCAGUACUAGUGCACGUUGGUGACAGAGAGAAGAAACCCGGCCCACAGCUUUGGUGUGCUACCUGCAAAAUCCACUACACCAGUACAGUCUUGGUGCACCGCAGGACCAGGGAGCACAAGCUGGCCAGCCGCACCUCCAAUCCUUCCUGUACCGUCUGCAAGAGGCACUUCAGGAGCCCACUCCUGUUCCUGGAGCACAUGCAAUCCCAGGGGCACAAGCAGAGAGUUGACGAGCUUCGGGAGGAGGGGGGGCCAAAGGCCUUGGCUGAACUGGUUGCCAUGGAUGCACAAGGCUGCUUUGUAGACGAUGGAGACGACGAGGAGGAGGAGGAGGAGGCAUGUGAGGAGGAAGAGGGGGACGAAGAGGAAAUGGAAGAUGGCGGCGAAGGCAGCUCCCAUGGGAAGGAUGUCUGGCCAACCCAGAUGGAGGUGGCGCUACUAGAGGAUGUAGAUGAAGAGGAGGAGUUUGACCCUGACACAGUGUACGGUUCUAGCUUUGUGGUUCCUGUGGCUGGGUUCCUCUGUAGACUCUGCCAGCAGUUCUACCAUUUUGAGUCCUCAGCCCGCCACUUGCACUGCAAGUCACUCAAACACUUUGAGAACCUCAAGAAGUACAGGGCCUUGCGUAGCCAGAAGGAUGGGACAGUGGAACCUACUCCCAUAGACGGUACGGACGGCGAUUCAGAGUGUGAUAGUAACCACACUGUCUCAGAUUCAAACAGCCUGCCUUCAGAGCUCCUCAGCAGCCCUGCCUUACUGCAGCCCACCAUCUCCAUCACCAGACUGAGGCCCUCCAGACCCUGCCCUGAACCCCAGAACAACACUCCCUCAGCUUCAUCCCUGAAGGACCUCACCACCACCAGCAGCUCUGUGGGAACUCCGGCUCAAACCUCCCCAGAGAAGCAGAGCCCAGUAAACCCUGAGGACAAGGAGGAAGAGCCAACCCCAGAACAAGCACCAGUCACAGAGGAAGAGACGAGCCCAGAACUAGCGCCAGUCGCAGAGGAGGAGCCAGCGCCAGUCGCAGAGGAGGAGCCAGCGCCAGUCGCAGAGGAGGAGCCAGUCGCAGAGGAGGAGCCAGUCGCAGAGGAGGAGCCAGUCGCAGAGGAGGAGCCAGCGCCAGUCGCAGAGGAGGAGCCAGUCAUGGGAGAGGCAGAGAAAGAGCCAGUGGCAGUUGAGAAAAAGUCAGCCCCAGUCACAGGAGAAGAAGAAGAAGAGGCAAAGGCAGCUGCUCCAGAAGAGAAGACAGGCAAAGGGAAAGCAAAGGGCCCAUCCAAAAGGAAGUCCGGGAGGACAACACGGAGACGUUGAGGAAGACAAAGCAGGAGAAAGAGAGGGGGAGCGGAAGAAAGAAAUAAUAUCCAGUACAAUUGCUACCCUAUGACAGGGUACAUUAGCUCAAUAGACCUGGCAACUCAAAACCGGUGAUCCUCUUAACCUAUAUUUGUAGGUGUUUAGGUGUUUAAUUUUUUUAAUAACACAACUAGAUAGAAAUGACUAAUGUGCAUUCAGUGGAACCUGACUGAAGAGAAUUAUGCGGAAACAAAUUGUGGAUGUGUGUGUUGCUGUCAGUGUGGAAAGGGUCAAAUGAAAAUGAAGGUCUGUUUUUAGUUUAUACAUGUCGUUCUAGUUAGCUAAAUGUCUAACUCAACACAUUGUUGCCAGGUUUAGGAAGGGAGUGGUGUUUUAGUCCAGGAACCGAGUGAAUCAUUAUAGCAGGCGACUUAUCUGAAAAUAUUUGUGAUGGGGGUGGGAAUUUAAAAAGUAAAUGGUACUGUUUGAAUGUCGAGUAACUGAACCUUGAUUUGAUCCUAGCUUUGUUGAAGUGCUAUUGUCAUUGACAUUUUUUACACAUUCUCUGAACUGUUCUGGAGAUUUCUUUGGAUGUUCGCAGGUGAGGGGAUUGGUUAGAGGGGGUUUGAAAGGGGGAAAGUCUUAACUGCUUGGUCUAUUUAGCUCAGAUACACCCUGAGCUGCCUGCUUUCCCCUCACUAUACUGCUAAAUACAUUUUGAAUUGACUUAUUUAGCUCUUUAACCCCUUGAUUGCUGAAACUGCCUACAUCCCACUGGUUUCGCUCCCAAUUUGCACCUGAACCUCCAUAAGGCUGUGCGAUAAGCUCGUGGUUUUGACAAGACUAAAUUAUAGAUUAUGACAGGACUAAAUUAUAGAUGUUCCUGCAAUGUUAGGAAGCAGAGCAUGAUUUUAGUGUGCUUUGAAUAUGUUUGUUCUGAACUCAUAAUGUUCUAUUAUAACAGUUGUCUAGUCUAACAGAACUUGACAACUCCUGAGACCAUAAAAUUAUCAUUUUAGAUGUGGCUGGAAUAGGGAGAACACAUUAGCCUAGAAUAGAGCCUCUUUGCCAGAGUUUGUUCUCAAGAGAACCAGUUUUAUGCGAAGUUCAGUGCGCACUCUUUUUUUCCCCCUCACAGUUGGAGGCAUUAGGCCUACCUAUUGCCAGCUAAUACAAUGAGGGAUUUCCAAACCCUGUCACCCCAUUUUAAUGUUAAUAUUUUAAAAAUUCCUGAACUGAAAGAAAUGUUGCAUUAACAAGCUUACGCAUCACAAACAUGACAUUGUAAAAGAGUUGUAGUUUUGUGCUGGUUUUCCAUCCUUUUUUUAAACAUUGAGUUGGUACUUUUUUUCUCACACACCUUGUACACUGGACUAGUAAGAGUCAUUUUUUUUGUUUAAGUGUCUGUACAAGUGACAUUGCAUGACAGUUGUGACUGUUCACAUUGGUAACAUCAAUAUUGUUGAUAACCUUGAUAUUAAAGUGGUAUGGAUGGACUUGGAGGUUUUCAUAACAAUGAGACCUGACUUGGAGAAACAAAGGCUGCGUUUAGUCAGGCAGCCCAAUACUGAUCUUUUUUCACUAAGGCCGUGUCCGCAAUUGACAAUCGCAUGCAAAUUCUGUUAUGAGAAUAUGAAGAUGCAUUGAAACGACAGGUCUAGAUGAACAAAAGUCGCAUUGUGGUUGGAAUUGUUUAGAUCUGGCUGACUGCCUCAGGUGCUGGUCAGACUGAUUGUGUGGAUUUCUGUCUUUUUGCAAUCAGGUUACCAAAAGUGAAUACAGUGGGCAAUGUCACAGCACUCCGCCCACAAAUCUCCAGAAAAUGUAUGUUUUGGCAGCAAGAGACACCUUUUUUCAUUAAAUGUUGAUUAACUGGACGAAAUGCGUUCCUAGUGUGAGGAAUGUGUUUGCUGGCUUCAUAAAUGUUAGCCCACCAGCUUAUUUGGAAAAACAAUUUUUUGUUUGGAGUUAUAACCUGUUUGCAAUCCCUUUUAGCUUUGUUGCUGGCUAACUAGCUACUGCCAUCAAGUUGUCAGAUUUAGCCUGUUCCAGCGUUUGAAGAAAAAGGGAAUCCUGUGACACAAUGUGGACGUGUUUGGAAUUCCAUGAUCAGAAUACAAACGUCGCAUGAACUGUCAAGUCUAGACACAGCCUAAUUGGUCUUUAAACCAAUCAGCUCUGAAAAAUAUCUGAUGUGGAAAAAAAUCUGUGGUUUGUCACAAUACCAAUUUAGUGUGGGGGGGAUCAGAAUUGGAUGUUCAAACGCAGCCUAACUGGUCAGGAAACUCUGCUUUGGGCACGGAGAAUGAAGUGUCUUUUCCCCAUUGAUAGCCAAUUAGUGUAGAAGUUGUUUAUUUUUUUUCUCACGCAUAUCUUGUUAGCUCCAGUACACUGGACUAGUGGCCUGCGUAUAGACGGGCAGCCCAAUUCUGAUAUUGUUUCCUCUAUAUGGACCAAUCGCAUCUUUUUUUCAAAGCUGAUCUGAUUGGUCAAAAGACCAGAAUUGGGCUGGAUGUCCAAAUGCAGCCAUAGCCAUUGAGUAGAAUUGUCUGUACAAACAUUGCAUGGCAGAGUUCACCUUACAAAUUAGUAACAUUAAUAUCAACAAUAAUGAAAUUAAUACAUUUUAUAUGACUUGGGGAGUUUUUCAUAAUCAUGAGACCUCAGCGGGGUAAUCUAACUGGUCAGGAAAAUCUCUUGGCUCCAGGCACAGAGAAGGAAGUGUAUUUUCCCUAGUGGUAAUAAAUGUGUAGCAGUCUAAAAGUUUCAGAAGCUGAGAACCAGCAGUUCUGAUUUUGAAGUACACCAACAGAAGAAAUUGAAUGAUUCACCAGAUUGUGAUCUAUUUAAUUGACGAGACGUGGCUAACCAUUUGUCACUGGCCUCUUGGUGAGAGGAGACCUGAAUAUAGGAUAAUUGUUCAUAAGUUAUAGACAGAACUACAUAAGACCGAAUCAAGUAAUGUACCACUCCAGUUAAGAGUCCCCAAUCACAGCCACUGUAUUUUUUUUCAAGGAACAUGUAAGGAAUAAGUCUCUCCCAGAUGAUACUGAUGCUUUCAGUGAAUGGGCAGUUGUUAUUAGUUGACUUGUACAGCAGAAGAGCAGAUGCAUAGACUGUUUACACAGCCAGCCCAAUUUUAAGAUGUUUUUUUCUGAGAUGUUCUUAGUCAAAAUACCAAUUAGAUCAAUUGGGCUAACUGUGUAAACAAACCCAUAUUGGCUUGUCUCUGGUUUGUGUCCCACUGAAAUAUUAUACAGGACCAGAGCAUGACAGAAAGGGUAAUUUAUGUGACAUUUCAAACAGCUGUAUGUUUCUUAAUGUAUUUUUAUUCUACAAAUGACAAACAAGAGUGUUUUCUAGCAGCUGGAAGUUUCAUGUAUUUUUGGGAUGUUUUCUGUAUUGGGGUCAUUUUAAUUUAUAAUAAAAUUUGACAAUUG